CUGGAACACCCUUGAAAAACAACGUUCUCACUUCUAUUCUUGUGGUUCUAUGCCAUCCGGCCAAUUCUCUGAUAUUCCAGAGACCCUUGGGGUGCUCGACGUCGACGUCUUCAUUAAAGUGCUCAGUCGCACUCUAUUCAGUCCUUUCUUCACCGCGUUCAUCCCAUUACUUGUCGCGUCUCAGCGCCAACAGUGGGAUGCCCCCGCGGUGAAGUGGAGUGCUGGUUGGUUCUUUCUACUAUCCAUGUUCUGGAGUUUGCGGUUCAUCUCCAAAUUAUGGCGGAAUGGAGGGAGCUUGUUGUAUCAGUCUGCACGAACUUCAUGGGAAAACCAAAUUGUACUAAUCACAGGAGGGGCCUCUGGGACUGGAGAGCUUCUUGCUAACACGCUUGCUGUGCGAAAUGUUGACGUUGUUGUCCUCGAUGUCAAUCCUAUCGUCUCAGAAAACUACAACGUCCACUACUACAAAUGUGACAUAUCCAACUGGGAAGAAGUGAAUGUAAUAUCGAAAAGAAUAAUCGAAGAGGUUGGGCAACCUACUAUUGUUGUGAACAAUGCCGGCGUUGUUCAGGGAAAGCCGCUCGUUGAACUCUCCGCUGAAGAUAUCAAUCAAACUUUUGCCGUGAACACUCUCGGCCACUUCUGGGUUCUCAAAGCCUUCUUGCCCGGUAUAGUGAAGCAGCGUUUUGGUCACAUCGUCACGGUAUCAUCUGUCACUGCAUUUGCGGGUAUAGCAAGAAUGGCGGACUACUGCGCGUCCAAAUCAGCUGUGAUCAGCCUCCAUGAAUCACUUCGCUACGAGCUUGACAAGAUAUACCGCACUCCGCAGAUCCGGACAACACUUGUCACAACGGGAUUCAUCCAUACUCCUCUUUUCUCACGUUCGUCGUAUGCAGCUACAGAAACACCUUCACCACUGCCUGCAUGGCUCUUCCAUUUCUUUGCUCCCCCACUGGAUUCGCAUGAAGUAGUGAAGGCGAUCAUAGCUGCAUUAGACGCGAAUGAGUCAACGGACAUCAAGCUCCCAUUCUAUGCUCAUUUAGUUGCACUGUCCCGUGUGUUCCCAUCUUGGGUCAGAGACGUGCUACAGUGGGUAAUUCUGCAGAUUUCAGGAGCUGACUAUAUGAUGGAAAACUUCGUGAAAGUGUCGGGAUUACGUGGGGAUGAAGAAGUAGUAAAUGAUGAAGGUAGUAAGGAAGCAUAG